UAGACUACAAACAGGUACAAACACACGCACGGGACAACAAGAUGGUGGUAGAAUUAUUUAAUGACAACCAAAACACGGCUCAAUCGGUAGAAAAUUACCCUGCAAGUCUGUCUAACAUCGCUGGCCGCCAAGACCAUCGUAGGCCGAUACCUGCACGCCGAAGCAGGGUCUUCUCUUUGCGUACAAAUCGUGGGGUUGUAGUGUAAGGUUGUGAGCGAACUUCACUAGCUUGCAACAACCAAAGAUGUUGUUGCAUCCUCUUCUCUAAUCCACGGAAUAUCAGACCUCGGAUUAUCAAGAUUUUCCACAUCUGGACUUCUGACUGUAUGGAUUAAUUCCUGUUGAAAUUGAGUUUGAAUUAUUCAAAUUAUUUCAUUCCUAGCUCAACACUCAACAGACUGUUUUCCAUGAACCAAUACAAAAAGGCGAGAAAAUAAGAACAUGGAAGUUCAGACUCCGAGUCACUGUAUUUAUACACUGGCAAAAAAAUGUCUGAUAUUUUUAUCUUUUACGCGGACGACUCCAGGAAGUGGGCGAAAGAGUUGCAAGAGCAGUUGACCCAAAAAGGGUACAGUUGCUUCGACCAGGAGGACAGAACCACGCUAGGGGAGACCAUCUUCGAGACAAUACCCAAGUGCACUCGAGAAUGUGGUGUUUGCCUCGUUGCGCUAAGUACAGCAUGUCUGGAGGACAUGCGUUACAUGUUCGGAGUCGAUAUGGCCCUUUAUAGUCACAUUUCUGGGAUCUGCAAUAUGGUUGUGAUUAAAGUGGAAUCUUGUAGAGUACCUGAUGCAUUGCAAACAACAUGUGUACUCGAUGUCCAGGAGCGCGACUAUUUUGAUUACCUCCUCACCCAAAUAGCCAAAGGUCUGGAGAGAAGUCAAAAUAGAGAACUGAUUGCCAAGAAGGGCACCAUUGGAAGUAAUGAAUUUCACAGCAGUUUUCUACCUGCCCACUAUGUAUCCCGUAACUCUGAUGUGCAGAUAAUUCUAAGCAGACUCUUCUUAGGAGGAAGUAGCUCCGUUGGAAUCAUAGAAGGCCAUCAACCAACUUCAGAUGCUACUGUCAAAGAGACGAUGCAAGGAAAGACAUCAAGAGAUUCUGUAGGUAUUUGGGGCAUUGGGGGCCUAGGGAAAACUGUUCUAGCCAGGAUGGUUUACACGGAAGCCAAGAUGAAAUAUCUUAUGCAUACAGCUUGGGUUGUAUUUGGUCAGAGUCCAUAUCUUGUCGGGAUCUUUGAGGAUCUCUAUUACCAGCUUGUAGGAAACCGUUGCAGCUUCGGCAAUCAGGAAGCCGCUCAACGGUGGUUAAAAUCUUGGAGCCAGACUAAACAGGUAUUUAUAGUACUUGAUGAUGUCUGGAAUCCUGAUCAUGCUGAGUUGUUUAAUGUGCUGGGGCUAAGGGGUAGGUACCUGAUCACAACUCGUGACCAGCGUGUCCUACUGCAGAUCAAUUCGAGCAUUCAUGAACUUGGACAUUUCCAGCGACAUGACUCAAAGAGGUUGCUCUUACAAGUGGCAAACACAUCUGAAGAGGAUAUUGUGAAGAAUAACUUAGAAACAACAGUUUCAGAAAUCCUGAAUAUAUUGAAUGACAUCCCACUAGCCAUUGCAACCGUAGGUGCAUCUUUUCGAGUGGUUGAAACGGAAUCCUUUCAGAAGACCAUCUGGGAGGAUGCUCUUUCAGAUUUAAGAGAAGGUGGAGAAUCUGUACUAGAUAAACUAGAUAAAGCCUUUGAUCUCAGUUUCCAAGCUUUGAGCCCAUACUUACAAAACUUGUUCAUUCAUAUGGCACUCUUUCCGGAAGAUGUAGAGAUUUCCAGUAAAGUAGUUUCACUGGUUCAGUUCUCGAAAGUUGAUAUUUCCAAGGUCAGUAAAGAGCAGGUCAGUCGCCAAGUACGUCGAGGUCUUAGGCAAUUAAAAGAAAGAUCUCUCCUUCAGUUUUCGAGAGAGGCUGAGGGAGCGACAUAUUACUUGAUUCAUGACCAUCUCCUUCGAUUUGUGAAACAAAAGGCGCGAAGAACAGAGCCCAAUGGUUUACAAGUUCUUCACCGCUCGUUGUUGGACGCAUACAAAACACAUCACAUAGACAUCAAAGAUGAGAACAGAAACCAAGCAAGCUCAUCUGAUGAGGAUCAUGAUGAUGAGGAGGAGGAGGUUGCGGAAAGGGAGGAGCGGCUUGAGACUGGAAAAGAAAUGUGCAAUUUUCCGUGGUGGGAAGUCCAUGAUGACGGCUACUUUUACAACCAUAUUGCCUUUCACUUGACAAGGGCUGGCCUAUCAUCUGUAUACGAAGGCCUUCUUCUAAACUAUCAAUGGCUGAAAGCAAAGAUUACAUACACUAGUGUUCCAGGUCUUCUUGCUGAUAUUGAUGUUUUUGUGAAGAUGAAUCAAGUCAGAAAGUCGAUCAAACUGCUUCAUGGGGCUCUGCUUUUAAAUGCUGACUCUAUAUGUCAAGAUAAAAAUCUACUUGGACCUCAUUUAGUUGGAUGCCUUGGAGAAGUCAAGAAUCCAGACAUACAAAAGUUAAUAUGUGAGACUAAAAGUUGUUUAUUUUUUUCUGAGAUUCCUGUGUUUGUUCCUCAAAGACAGUGUCUCACCCAACCAGGUCGAGUCUUAAAGAAGAUAUUUUGUCACAGCUUUGGAGAAGCAAUACUAUCUGCAACUGUAAGACAGUCGGGAGUAGAGUUCCUGACAGGGUCGUCUUCGGAGGCAGGGUCAGUGCGUCUAGGACGAAUGACCACUGGAGAGUCCGUCUGUCUAGGGGAUGCCGCAUCAUGUCACAGCAGUCUGGUGACUUCUCUAGCUUUAGAUCCUCAUGACAGGUUCGUCAUUAGUGCUUCUUGUGAUUCAAGCUUGAAACUCUGGCCACUACCUGACAAAAUUGGUUCUGGGAUCAGAGGGAAAGUCAAUACAAUUGGGCACCAUAAGGAGGAUGUGUACUGUGUUGCUGUUACCAAGGAUGGCCUUCGUGCAGUAUCUGGUUCACUCGACCAAACAAUUAAAAUUUGGAAUCUUGAAACUUGUCAGUGUUCUUCAACUUUACCUGCAGGCGCAGCUGUUCGCGGAGUCUGUGUUGCUGAAAAUGAUUCACUGAUAAUUUCAUGUGGUGGAAACUCUAGUGUGGUUAAGUGGAACUUGAAAACGGGUAAUCUAAUAAAACGUGUCAGAGUUGGCACAGGCAGUAUGGUAAAUGGCAUCACAAAAACAUCAGAUGAAUCAAUUUUAGCCUUGGCAUGCUCUGAUAAGACUGUAAGAGUUGUUCAGCUGUCAACUUUGGAAGAAGAGGGAAAGCCUUUUGAAGGCCAUGUGGAUGAUGUCAUCUGCUGCUGCUUCUCUUUGGAUAAGAGGUUACUUUUCAGUGGCGAUAAUGCGGGCCUGAUGAUCAUUUGGUGUGUGCAAUCUCGUGCUGUGCUGCAGGAAAUCUUUGCCCACAGUGCUGCAAUCAGGACCAUCAUGCUAACUCCAGAUCAAAAAACUAUCUUGACCAGCUCCACGGAUGAUUGUAUAAAGCUCUGGAGGAACCAGCACAUGAAGCAGACCAGGCACCUCCUCCGGGGAAAAGAUCCUCUUAGUAUUCACAGGGAUGUGGUUACUCACUUAGCUAUCAGUCCAUCAGGGAAACUGGCAGCAUCAGCAUCCCGUGAUAAAAUCAUUGGAAUCUUGGAUGUAGAGAUGUCUAAGCUGAUUGAAAGCCUAUUAGGACAUGAAGACUGUGUCAACACUGUUGAGUUCCUUCCUCUUCAACAUUCAGGGGAACAUGAUGGCCUUGAUCAAAGUGGAUACAAACAAGAGUCAACCGUUGUGUCUGGUAGCAAAGAUGGGAAAGUCAUUGUCUGGAAUUGGAAAGAAAGAAGUAAAUACCUACUUGGUAGUCAUCCCCACAGUGUUGAAUGUCUUUGCGUCUCAAAGAGUGGCUCCUUUGUUUUCUCAGGAUCUGUGGACAGCUUCAUUCUGAUGUGGGAUCCAUGGAAGAGGUUUCUGGUUUGUAAAUUCUCUUGUGGUGACAGAGCUGGGAUUCGUCAUUUAUCCUUGAUGUGUGAUGGUCGUAAACUUUCAGCUGGUCUGAAAGGGUCAAUAAUAGCUUGGAAUGUUGAGCCAAUCAUCAAGAAAUGUCAGGGAAGUAAACUUGCUGAGGAAAAUGCAUCAGAGAUUCACCAAAGUUUCAACUCAGAGAUGAUUGUAUCGCCCUCUGCUGUGCUACUUGAGCCGGAACCUAUACCUCUUCCCGUUUCUGCAUUACCAUUGAAUGAGAUCUUCAUUUUCGCCAACUUACCAAACAACAAGCUUGCUGUCUCCAGGUCAAAGAUGAAGCGUGAAAACAAGCUGACAGCUGGUCAUCGAAAGGGAGACACAAUCACGGCCCUCCAUGUUUCUGAUGAUGAGUCUAUGAUAUUUUCUGGUUCCUUGAAUGGAAGUGUGAGAAUCUCUUGGCGAGUUGGUUGUAAGGUUACCAAAGCGCUUAGUGGUCCAUGGCAAGGCAAUUCCAAGUCUUGCGCAAUUACUGCUGUAACAGCAUUGUGCACAGGUCGCUUUGUCAUUGCGGGAUGCCAGAACGGAGAGAUUUGGAUGUGGGAUUGUAGAAAUUAUGAUGCAACCAGUAACGACAAAACCACAAGUGAUUCCCCCAAACCAUAUCAAAUUGGUGUACUUGAUGCAGCUGUCAAUAAUUUGAGUAUCUUAGGUGAGAAUACAGUUGUAGCCAGUAGUGAGAGUAAGGUUAACCCUGUCAUCCAAUUAUGGGAAUUGUCAUCUCUCAUAAACUGCAAGGAAGAUGAAAACCCACUGACUGGUCCUGUAGUCCCUUCUGCUCAUUUGCUCAAAUGCCAUUCCGGAUCAAUUUUGGAUGUUCUAGUUGUAGACGAAUCACGUCUGGUGUGUUCCUCUGAUGAUGGUAAACUGUUAAUGUGGACAAUUACUCGGCAUCCUGGAGGUCAUGUUCUAGUCGAAUGCAGUACUGUCUUCAAAGCUGAAUUAUAUUCUGUACGUUGUCUCGCAGUUACUCCAUGCAGGCAGAUCAUCUUGUGUGGUACGUGUCAGAACUAUAUUGAAAAGUGGACCAUCGAAGAGAUGGAGUGCGAAUCCAGAUUGCCUGUGAAAUUCAACCUCAAGAAGUUGGUGGUCCUGCCUGAUAAUCAAAGGUUUAUGUGUAUGUAUGAUGACUUGAGCAUUGAAGUACGCUGUCUGAAAGGCGGUGACAGUCUGACAGAGUUCCGAGCUUUUCAAAGUGCCUUUGGGCAUUUCUGCACUCUCCUUGAACAUACUGCCAUCUCAGACAGUGUGUACUGCUCAGUAAAAGUAUGGGACUGGAACACGAGUAGAGUUAAGUGUCAUGUCGGGACUCAAUUAAGUCUGGCCAACUCGGCAGCAUUGCCAUUGUAUCGCCGUGAACCAGAAUGCAUGUCUCCAAGUAUUCAAAAACAUUCCAGAAGAAUAACGGCUCUCGAUUGGUUUGGGAUGAGUCAUGUGGUAACUGGUUCGUACGACUGUCACUUAAAACUCUGGCAUCUCUCAGAGGAAUCGGCUAGUUGCAUUUGCCAGUUUGUAUUCGAGCACACAGUGACAGCUGUACGAUCAGUGACCAGUAAGUCGAUUGCAGUUGGCCUGAGUGAUGGAAAUGUGUACUUCUUGGAUGUUCUGAAUAUUGGUUCUUAAAAUUGUUUAACCCAGUAAUUGUGCGAUAAGGUCAAUCGACAUAAGCCAAAUUAUUCAGUGAAUAUUAAAUUAGUUGUGUAUGAAAAAUAGGGUUUUUUUAAAUCGUUUUUUAAAAGGUUUUUGUUUUUUCCCAGAAUUUUAUGAUUUGUGUGGAAAAUACGUUAUGACAUUCUAAUUUAGGGACACCAUGACUCUAGAUUCAAAACAAGAAAAAAGGGUUCCUUCUUAGUUUGAGGGUGCUGCCUUUUCCAGAAUGGUUCAGAAAGUCGCAGUUAAUGAAUAUGUAGAAGAUGCUAAUCAUGACAUCACAUGUUUGCAAAAAGGAAAUGAAAAGUCUAAACUUGAUGCAGGCACAAGGUCUACAUGAACAUAAAACACCAACAAAAGGGAGAAGAAAAAAACAGUUUUUAAUAGCAGUCAACUAUUGAUAAGGUGAAAAAUAUUAAGCUAUUUGUUGUAUUAUAUCGUCGUGUGCCCGGCAAAAGGACGUAAGGGAAAGUUCCCGGCAGAAGGACGUAAGCAAUUUAUGU